CUGUGGACCUAGCGUGUUAGUCUCAUGGGAGAUCAAGCUUUGGUACGAGAAGUUUGACACCCGCUUAGACAAUGAUUUCCGAUGAACUUAAAUCUUAGUCUUGUGGUUGAUUGUAAGUUAAAAAAAGAUAAUAAUAAAAUAAAUCUAUUUAUUUUAUUGUUAUUUUCCCCCAAGUUUUCGGGAUGAAUUACGCUGCUAGAAGUAACCCGUUAAUUUUUCAUCAAGUGUUAAUGUCUUAUUUCUGUAGUUUUACAAGAAAGAUUUCAUAUUUAUUUAUUUAUUUAGGCAUUUUUUAUAUAGCGCUUAUCAUAAAGCUCUAAGCGCUUUACAAUUAUUAAAACAUGUAAACUAAGUAAAUACAAAUGAGACACUAGGAUAGUAACUACUAUACUAUAGAAACAAUGAAAAUGGCUAUAAAAAGAGGACACUUUGACACUUCAGGAUUAAACCGAAACAGAAAAUGAGGUAGGGCAAGGAGGGUGCAUCACAGGUCAUAGGCGGACCUAAACAGAUGAGUUUUAAGGGACUUUUUGAAAAUGGACGAGGUUUCACUAUGACGUAUAUGGAAGGGGAGCUGGUUCCAGAACGUGGGCCCAUGGAAGCAGAAGGAGCGUUCACCGAUGGUCUUAGUUUUAGUUCUUGGGAUUGAGAGGGUUCUACUGUCAAUGGAAGAACGUAGUUGUCUUGUGGGGAUGUAAGGAAGCAACAGUUCAGAGAGAUAGACAGGAAAGUGAGGGUCAGUGAACGAGUUGAAGCAAAGAUUGGCAGACUUGUAUUUGAUGCGAGAGGAUAUUGGAAGCCAGUGGAGUUGCCGCAUGUGUGGUUGAAUGUGGUCAUGUUUCUUUGAUUUAAAAAUGAGUCUGCAUGCUGAGUUCUGUGCCUUCUGAAGUUUUUCUAUGUGGUGUUGAGGAAUGCCUGAGAGAAGAAUGUUACAGUAGUCAAAUUUUGAAAGAAUGAGUGAAGAGACGAGAGUUUUUGUGGCAUCAAAGGAGAGGAGGUGUCUAAUGGUGCUGAUUUUUCUAAUUUCGUUAUAUGCUGAUCUGCAUAUAUUCGUGACAUGUUUGUCCAUGGAGAGGGUGUCCGUAAGCGUGACUCCAAGGUUUCUGGCAGAGGGAGAGAGUGUGAUGUCAGAGUUGCCAAUAGAUAUAGAAGAAGGAGCGAAUGGAGGGAGAGGUUUGUUUUGAGAGUGGAUGAGAAGGAUUUCCGUUUUAUCAUCAUUUAGCUUCAGUUUGUUGCAAGUCAUCCAACGCUUUACAUCGUCCACGCACUCCUGCACUCCUCAUAUGAGGCCACCAUUUUUGCGUGAGAUAAAAUGUGUAUUAUUUGAUAGUUUCUACUAAUAUUUCAACUAAAAUAAAAAUCGAUAAAAACAGAUAAUUUUUAGCAGCUUUUGGAUCAGUCUGAUAGAUUAUGUUGGCAAUAUCCGGGUCCCAAUGCUGGCAUCUUGUAUAAAGUUAUUUCACUCAAGAUCCAAACAUUAAAUUAUAUCGCUGAAGCUUGGCUGCCGCCCGUCUGACUAGUAACUGUGCGUCGGGAUCCGUAGACAAGAGUUACCUAUGUACCGUUUUUACAGGGAAAGCAUAUUCACGGGAAUGGCCAAACAAUACAUGGAGAUGAUUAACCAUAUUAUUGUAAUAAAAUAAUUUUAAAAAAUUACAUUUUCGAGCGAAGUAAACGAUAAUCAAAACUACCCCGCUCCCUCCGCAAUCAGAUUCCGUCGACACUAGUUUUCAAUUACCUCCUAUGACCGAUUGCUUCCUCCUGACACCGAUUACCUCCUCCUGUCUCCGAUUAAAUCCUCCUGUCACCGAGUAGCCCCGCCGGUCGCCAAUAACUUUCAAUUAUUGAAUCCUUUUAUAUAUUCUCUCAUCUUGUAGUCGGAUCCAUUUAAUUAUUGCAACUUAUGAACUGAUGUAUUUUGUUUUAUUAUUCAUUACACUAAUUUCUCUCAUCCUUAUUUACAACAACAUGUUUUAUAACAAUUAAAAUCACGACAAACACCUGCCUUUGUUUACAUGGGAGCCCAUGCCGUUGCUUGGCAACAGGAAACGCUGGGAUGGCCUCGGUGUUUGUGGGGGAUCUCCAUAGCGACGUCACCGAAUCGGAUAUCUACAACAAAUUUUCACAGAUUGGAACGGUUUUAUCCAUAAAGGUAAUUGAUGAGAUAUGAUUUGUUUAAACCAUUAUGUCAAUCAUACGGCCUGUUGGUUGUUAUUGAGUAAUAAUAGGAAAACAAUUUCUAAUAAAGUUGAUAAUAUGCAACCCGACUUGUAUGAAAAGAUUCAAAUUAUACAAAGACAUCCAACUUGUUUUCAAGGAGCUAUCGUAUGCUCCACACAUAUAAUAAGAUACCCUUCUCGGGGAUAUUUCAGGUGUGUCGAGACGCCUCUACGGGCAAGUCACUAGGUUAUGGAUAUGUGGUUUAUCAAGAUCCAGAAGAUGGUAAGAAGGAUAUGAGUGGUUCUCAAGUAGUAGUACAAUAACUUAUCAAUAUUUAAUUGUUAUAGUUGGGGGAGGGGGGGCUUCUCUCCGUCUCUAAGAGAAGUAGUAUCGCAACAACACCAUCACCCCCCCCCCCCCCCCCAAAAAAAAAAAAAAAAAAAAAAAAACAAAAAAAAAACGCACUUUUUAAAUAGAUUUUUGUUUGUGUGUGAAAAAUUUAUUGUUUCUCGGUCAGCAGACCCAGCAUUUUCAAGCGGCUAGUGAGCCAAAAGUUAUUUCAUAUUAAAUACUCGAUACAUGAGCGUAGCUUGGGGGGUUGUUGGAAUUUUGUUUGGGUACCAUGUCCUACUGCCUAAAGGACCCUAUCUUAAGAUGCUGAUAUAAUACAACUGUCAACUGUACGAAGAAUGUUUAGGGCUUUACACUCAUUGCACAUACUCAAUUCCUCAUUCUGCUCAUUAAUGUUCACAGCGGAGAGAGCGGUGGAAAUGUUCAACUUUGACGUCAUUCAGAAUCAAAGCAUCCGGGUGGUGAUGGCGGACAAAGCCAGCCUGCAGCACUCCCUACAGGGAAAUGUCUUUGUGAAAAACUUGGACCGCAGUGUGGACUCCAAUCUGUUACACAGAGCAUUUUCAGCGUAUGGGAACAUUUUGUCGUGCAAGGUACCAUUUGAUGAUAUAUAUUAUGUUGUUGUUUAUUUUUCGUUUAAAAAUUGUUUUAAAGAUACAAUUUAAAAAUAUUUUUGAGUGUUAACAGACAAUGGUAUUUUUUUUUUUAAUGAUACAUACUUUUUGCCAUGCCUGCUGGAGAAAUAUCAUUUUAUAUCCUACAGUGCAAACUUUAGUAUUAUAAAAAAGACUACCACGUGAACACCUGGUAGAAGCAUUUAUUUAUGUUGACAUCUUGUUGUUAAAAUGUAUGGGUAACCACAAUAAGUUAUACAUUGAGUUUAUAUGUAGGGUCACAUUCACCAAGGGACUCCAGAUAGGCCUCCAUGCAUAUCAAAAACAGACUAAACAACUACGAGUUAAUUCCAUAGGCAAAACUUUGGCUAAACUGAUAUCUAGGCCAGUGGCUCUCAACCUUCCUGAUUCCUCGACUCUUUAAUACAGUUCCUCAUGUUGUGGUGACACCCAACCAUAAAAUUAUUUUCGUUGCUACCUCAUAAAAAUGGCUUUCCGAUGCUCUUGGGUGACCCUUUGUUUAACAGUCGUUCGAUCCCCAAAAGGGUCGCAACCCACAGGUUGAGAUUUGCUGAUCUAGACUCACCACAAAUACUUUUCCCACAUAAUGUUUUGACAUAAAAAAACACCUUUCAAACACUUUGAUCACGCCUUCGUCAAAACCUCGCCUUAGUUUACGUAGCCUCUUUGUAUCCUUAUGAUUUAUGUCACAUACCCACUACACGCCAUUUUGAUAUCCUACACACAGACACGUCAUGCACGCUUUACUUAUCCUAACACACCUUAUAGAUGCCCUCCAGUGGUCCUCUUGAUCAGCGGCUGACGUUUCCCCAUUUCAGGUCCCACAUGGCAAGAAAGGUUCAAAAUGCCAUGGCUUUGUACAGUUUGAGAAUGAACAAGCCGCUAAUGCCGCCAUCGAUGGAAUGAAUGGAACCAUGUUUUGUGGGAAAAAGCUGUAAGCUUGCUGGGGGUUACCCAAAUUAGACUUCAUAGUUAGUUGAAUUAAUUUUAACGCCAGGCUACGUCUUAUGUUUACAAAUAUUUUGUAGGGGAAAGCUGUAAGCUUGCUGGGGUUUAAUCCCAUAAUCCCAUCAUAAUUAGUUGAAUGUACUGUAACGUCAGGCUACGUCUAUAAGGGAAGUGACGACUUCAAGGUAUCUAUCAAAGGCUUUACAAUGAUGGUUGAAUCAAAUCUAUAAAUAUAACUAAUAACACUUAAAUAUGUUUUGGGAAACGCCGAAAUAUGACGUCAACCCCACACCCCCCUACUACAAUUUUGUUUAAUUGACUGACUAAUGAUGUUACUAUUUCAUAGUCAUUUUGGAUUAUGAAAUCAUUGUUCCUCAUCUCAGUGUUUGCACGUGUCUUUGAGCUUCACUGUGUUAAAGGCUGUUGAAUAAGCUGGCCGUUGUGAUGCCCCUCCAAUUGUUCGCACCAUGACGCUACAGAAUUUGGUGCAUGUUUGUCGGUACUUAAAGUUAUCUCAUUUUUCUCUUCUGAUUAUAAAUCGUUUAAAGCUGACACUAUUUAAAAUGUCUUGAUAUACUCCACUGACCACCAUUUAGUUAUGUCGGCCAUUUCCUGAACCGUGAGCAGCGUGAACCCCCUGCGGAGACGCCCCCGUCAUCUGGAACCUCGUCAUCAAGCCUCCGGACCGUGUACAUCAAAAAUUUGGGGCACAGUGUUGAUUCUAUCUUUUUGAAAAUUACCUGCUCACCUUAUGGGGAGGUAUCCAAUGUCAAGGUCAGGAAUCGGGGCAGUGGUUACUUUGUGAGAUACUACUGUAUUUUUUUACCCAUUCAUAGCGGCAUUUGAAGAUCAACAAAAUAAAACUAUGGCCCAGACCAGGCCUGCACAACCUACGGUCCGCGGGCCGCAUGUGGCCGGCCAGCACCCACUUUUUGGCCCGCGAGGUAACAAAAAACUCUUUAUUCUUAUUAUUUUCUUAAUAGCUCUCUUCCCUGACCUAUAUUCUUUUGGUCCGCGCAAGUCCUGUCCUAUUUUCUUUUGGCCCGCACAAGUUUUUCAUAAUGUAUUACGGCCCGCCUUACAUUUUGAGUUGUGCUGGCCUGGCCUAGACAAAUCAAUGAAUAUAAUUCUUUAGAUAUGACAGGAAAGUAUGUCGGGGUGGGGGGGUUAAGUAAUUAAUCGCGUGUUCAAUUGCGCGCUAAAUAAAACUACUGUUAACUGAGCUAAACGAAUUUUUUAGAAAUACAUUCUUAAUACAAUCUGCGUUGUGAGAGGGGCUGAGACAUUAUAAUAUGAAUAUAUUUCAAAGGGUAGCGGCGUACCUGGCCUGUGGGUGGGUGGUUGGGGGGGGGGGAGAUGCAGCACAAACUUGGAUUGUUAUAAAGUGCGUUGACUUUAACGCAUAUUUAGAGAUGUAACUUUUGUAGAUGGGAAGUUAUAACUACAGGUGAAUCCGGUUAUGCCAACGACCUUGGGGUUUGCCAUAAAGCGUCUGGAUAGCCGAUGAUCGAGAUAAACGAAAACCAAUGUAGCGGCAAUAUAUGAAGAUUUGCUUGAAAUUUCUUUAUGUACAUGAUGGGCAUUAAUAGAUGCAGGUAUUUCAGUUUAAAAAAAAUAAAAUGAUAUAAUAUUAGUUAUUUAGAGUAAAAUCAAAUUUAAAGAAUUAACUUUUUAACUUUAGUACGUUUUGAGCUACGAAUUUUUAAAGUGCGAGUUCGUUUGGUAUUUUCUACUUUGGACGAAGCCUCCACAUUUUGUGACCUCAUUCCGCAGUUCGUGUCUUGCGCAAUGAUUAUAUAGUUUAUAUAAGGAACCGCGUCCCGUUAUUACUAAAAUACGAUUUAGGGACUACUUAUUUUGAACUUUGAACUUUGGCACAUGACUAUUUAAUUAAAGCUUUUCAUGACCAAUUUUUUAAUAGCUUUUUCACACGGCAAACUCUUAUGAAUGAAACUCUGACGGCAUAGCCAUUCUACAAGUGACCGUGAACGGCUGCCCAUGACAACGUUUGCACAUGGCGAAUUAUGAUCAUUUAUAAUAUGGACUCUACCGGGUUUUUAAACCUCGAAUUAAAAGAUAUUUAUUAAAAAUUAAUUCUGGGUUCAUUUUAAACAUGAAGCCCUGCAUUGUGAGGCAUACAUAAUUAUUUUUAAUUAUGAACAACUUUUUUAUUUGUUGUUUGCUAUUUCUUCUUGCGGAGUUCAAAAGCUGGCGAUUUGUCAUGGGGAUCAAUAUAGCCGAGGUUACGUUGCAAAUUUGGUCACCUUUUGUGCUCGAGAUAUCAAAGUUCGGCGAUGUAAACAAUAAUCGUCAUGACCAAGGAGAAAAUGCGAAGACAAAGAGAUAAUUUGUCGAUUCCACUUCAAAAAACAUCGACAUAACAGGGGGUUGGCGAGUUAACCGAGGUCGAAAUAAGCGGGCUCGACUGUGGUGACAAAAUGAAACUUCUUCCCAUCAAUUCUACGAAUAACUGAACCGUCUUUUGUUUUCUUUCUGUUUAGAUAAUCCGUGACACGGAUGGAUCCUCCAAAGGUUUCGCGUUCGUAACGUUCAAGAGAGUAGAAGAAGCUGUGAAGGUAUGUGUCGUAGAGCUAGCCGAAUUAAUGAUACAAAGGUGUACUUAAUCACACUGCUGUUACGUGAACUGAAGCGAACACAAGGUUAAAUGAGGGGGAGAAUAAUGAACCCAAAGGUGGAAUUGGGUUGGUGAAUGGGGGGAAGAAUACAUUAAAACUAAGUGCCCCCCAUUACAGGAAGGAGACAAAUUUAAUGGUGUUGGGGAAACCAGGGCAAAUUUUAUAAAUUACCGUGCAAUAGAGCAAAAUAUCAAAAUUAUUAUAUAACCUUCUAGCGUCGCUUAAAAAUUAUUUAAGAAGCUAGUAAAGAGAUAGUAUUUAGAGUUGCGCAUUUUAAUGAACUCUCCGCUAAGAAAGGGUAAUACAAAAUAAAAUAAAGAUUUUAGUGAUGACAUUCGACGUCGUGAUUGGAAAAUAUGCAAUCCUGGUGUUGCUAAUAAAAUUAUGGUUAAGUAAUAAAUGUAUUGUGUGAAACACGGAACAUCGAGGUGAGGAGAAACAUGGAACAUCGUGGUGAGGAGAAACAUGGAAAUGGUGAUGUGGCGCCUGUCAUUUCGAUGAAGCACAUGCCAUUGUGGUUGUGUCAAAUGGCAUAUCUGAAGGACACAAUAUAUCAUGGUAUACACACAUGACAUUAUUUUGGGGACACAGGACACCGUGGUGGGGUACACAGGAAUAAGUGGUUGGAGGACACAGCUCAUAAUGGUGGGGUACACAGGAAUGAGUGGUUGGAGGACACAGCAAAUACUGGUGGGGUACACAGGAAUAAGUGGUUGGAGGACACAGUACAUAAUGGUGGGGUACACAGGAAUGAGUGGUUGGAGGACACAGCUCAUAAUGGUGGGGUACACAGGAAUAUGUGGUUGUAGGACACAGCUCAUAAUCGUGGGGUACACAGGAAUAUGUGGUUGGACGACACAGCAAAUAAUGGUGGAGUACACAGGAAUAAGUGGUUGGAGGACACAGUACAUAAUGGUGGGGUACACAGGACUUAGUGGUUGGAGGACACAGCACAUAAUGGUGGGGUACACAGGAAUAUGUGGUUGGAGGACACAGCACAUAAUGGUGGGGUACACAGGAAUAAGUGGUUGGAGGACACAGCAAAUAAUGGUGGGGUACACAGGAAUAUGUGGUUUGAGGACACAGCACAUAAUGGUGGGGUACACAGGAAUAUGUGGUUGGAGGACACAGUACAUAAUGGUGGGGUACACAGGACACGUUUUAAAGUACACAGAGUAACCGAGUGAGGAGAGCUUAUUUUGUCUUAUUUACGUGAAAGUUUGGUGAAGCAUUAAGCGCUCAUUAGAAAGUAGCUACAUUUCUAAGGCUAAGUGUAAAAUCAGUGUUGUCUCUUGGAUUCAAAGAUUUGACUAUAUUGUUAUUUACAGGCCAUAGAGAUGCUUAACGGCAAGGAGAUCGAUGGGCGAAUUCUAUUUGCUGGACCUGCCAUGAAGAAAUCAGGGCGCAAGAGCCACCUUCAGCAUCCAUCCCAAGGUCACGAACAGCAUCCUCUCCAAGGUCACGAGUUCAAGGAAAUCAUUAUUGAAGAUGAACCCAACUUCGAGAUAAAAAACUGCCAGAGCCACCCCGAGCAAAAACCACACCACCAACUCAAUCAUCACCGACAACAGCAACAACAACAUACGCAAAUCAUAACUGUAAAAAGCAAUAUGUUUCCAGCAAUGCCCUCGCAAAAACACCAGCAAAGCCAGCAGACGGCGAAUCUGUUUGUACAGCAGCUGGCCUUUCAAAACAGUCCAUACAGUUCCAUGGGUGCAGUCCAGCUGCCUGGUAUUGGAUCCACACUUCAAGACAGUCUAGACGGCAACACGGUGGUUGUCUUACCACAGAUUCACCAGGGCCAUGUCUACCUGCAGCCACAGCAGGAGACCUGCAACACUCCAGUACAGAUCAGCCUGGACCAACAAGACAGCAGCUCUUUGGCUGGCUACGAGCAAGUACAGCAGCAGUCUGGCCUCCCAGAGUCACAGCAAGUACACACAGGUAAUGACAGCUCAACAGCUACAACUUCCCAGGGAGUGAACCUCUACGUCAAACACUUGGAUGAUGAUGUCGAUGAUGCCAUACUGAAAGGGAUGUUCUCAAAAUUUGGAGAAGUCAUCAGUGCAAAGGUACGAAGCAAUUCUCCUCGCCCACACACACAAACACACGCAAUAAUGACUUUUACCGGUUCACUGAGACACACUUGGAUGUCAGUAUCUUGAGUGACCUGUGAAGAUGAUAGUCACUGCAGGCUACUUUUAAUAGUAACAAGGAACGAAGAUUAGUCAGUUAUAAAUAAAAUAUGUCUUCGUCAGACUUUUUUUUUCCAUAUAAUCCAUUAUCGCAUUUAACCUUAAUUUAAAUUCAUUUCACGUAUUGAAAAGCAAACCUUUUAUUUUUGCUACUUAGUAGUCAGUCAACCUUAUAAGUGGUAAGAUGAAUGGUGUUUGAUUUGAUCCCCCCCCCCAAAAAAAAAAAAAACCAAAAAAAAAAACCAAUGCUCGCAUAACUCACUGGAGGCGAGAAAUGUAACAACUUUCUUUUAAGUAAUUGUUUUUUGCUACUUAGUAGUCAGUCAACAUUAAAAGGGGAAAAAUAAAUGUUGUUUAAUUUGACCCCCCCCCCCAAAAAAAAAAAAAACCAAAAAAAAAAACCAAUGCUCGCAUAACUCACUGGAGGCGAGAAAUGUAACAACUUUCUUUUAAGUAAUUGAACAUAAAUAAACUGUUGGUUUCUAAACCAAAUUAAAAGCCAUUAAAUUUCAUAAGUAAGCAUUGAUAAGAAAAUAGAAAAUAUGGCAACCAAUCAAAUUUUUUAAAAAAUGGGUUUUAUCUACAACAAUUAAAUAUUUUACUUAUUGUUGAAAUUGUACUUACGAAAUAUAAAUAAUGAAACAUAAAUAAAUUUUAAAAAAAGUAUAAAUAAAUGUAACUUGUGUCUCUUAGGUCAUGAUGGAAGGCGAGAAAUCACGUGGCUUUGGCUUUGUUUGUUUUGCACGCGCCGAAGAUGCCGCACGAGCCACCAGAGACAUGCGCAGAAGAGUAGAUGAUGUUAACAGGAAGCCAUUGUACGUUGCACCCGCUCAGAGAAAGGAAGAGAGGCAAGCGUUCUUCCGCGAGAAACUAAAAUCCAGACAGAACGAGAUUCACACCGGGGACGUGGACACGAGUCAAAAAUGCAUCACGCUCCUUGAUGGUUCCAAAACCCACGAGCCUCAGACUGUGCCUCACCAUGACGAACAAAUGGCCUUGAACCUUCCCGGGGGAGACAGCUCCAACACCACGUUUACACCCAAUCAUUUAAAACAAAGUGAGCCGACCAAACUCAAUGAGGCACCCACCCAUACAGGGAACUCGCCCGCCCAGCAGACAGAUCAAACUUUGUCUGACAACCAGAGCAUCCACAACAAUAAAUUCCAAAGCAUCUUUCGGUCCAUCGAAAAGCGCAAUAAUUUUUACAACUUUGAAUGUUUUAACGUGGAGAACUUGAGGACGCCGCUGAUAAAACCGACCCGGUUGUCGAAUUCAACGGACGACCGAAGCCUGAGCUCCCACAACCGCGCGGAGACGGAUACCAGCCGCUGGUUUCCGUUUCACGUUGGCGGGGAUAGCGAUCACAUGUCCACUUCUGAUUCUGUACUAAACAGCAUAAAUGCGAUGCUCUCGCCAAGACUUUCUGAUCAUUCAAAACGGCACGGCGAGAUAUUACCAAAAAGAUCAACCUCUCCGUGGAAAACCACUGAAUGUAAAGACGCUUCUAAUACAUACGGGAAAUCUAACUGUAUCUCAAACUCAAAUGAAGAACAUGUCAGAUUUUUAGCUCCCAUCGGCUGUAAGCAGAGUUCGCAGGAAAAAGAGCCCAAAAUGUCAGGCAAAUCCUCCGUUGACAAACCGCGACCAAACCAAAACUUCAAUUUUCGACCCAGGCCCAACACCAGACUCGCCCCUCACGUGUCCGAGAGCAAGGGAGAUUGCAACCUACUUGCCCCCUCCCAACUUGACACACAGCCCAGGGGGGAAGGCGUCUUCUACUUUUCUGGAUCCGCCCAAAACAUACCGAGCUGCUACAGCACCAAGAAAGAUUUCCCCACAUUUGAAGGUCUUUACGAUCCACAGAACGCCAUUCCGUUUUCCAGGAGUGUCCUUUCAGAGAACGCCAUACCACCAUCAAGAAAUUUUCCUUCCCAAAACGCAGUCCCCUUUUCUCAUAGUACAGCCUUCUCCGACACAGAACCCUACACCGUAUCAGAAAGCUCAAUGUUCCACCAAAAGUUGAAGCGUGUUAACGCUAGUAUCGAUACUCUCCUGCCACUGGAACCGUUGAAGAAUUCCCGCACAAGAACGGCAAGCAAUCCUCUGGAGACGGGCUCUCGUCGAUCGAUGCAGGCCCUUAAACGGAAGAGCGAUACUGCCUUUGACCUUGACCAUGAGGACUACGGUUUUGGUUUGAGUAAUCAUUGGGGCGCCAAAAGACGAAUGGUGGCACCAUCACUUCGAAAUGAUCAGUAUUCUGAGGUAGGAGGUGCUUAUGUUUCGUCAAAUAAGGGGAAAACGAAAACCUUAUUACCUAGAAAUAUUACCUAGCAUGAUCUAGGAAUAGCUAUUACCUUUUAACUAUUGCCUAUUCUGAUGUAGAAAGAACUGUUACCUAUUAUGAUGUAGAAAGAACUGUUACCUAUUAUGAUGUAGAAAGAACUGUUACCUAUUCUGAGGUAGAGAAAGAACUAUUAGGUAGUCUGAUGUUGAAAGAGCUAUUAUCUAUUCUGGUGUAUGUAUAUAUAUAUAUAUAUAUAUAUAUAUAUAUAUACGAAUAGAUAUUACCUAUUAAAUAUUACCUAUUGUGAUGUAAAAAGAAAUCUUACCUAUUCUGAUGUAGCAAGAACUAUUAGGUAGUCUGAUGCAAACAAAGCUAUUACCUACUCUGGUUUAUGAAUAGCUAUUACCCAUUAACUAUUGCCUAUUCUGAUAUAGAAAGAACUCUUACUUACUCUGAUAUAGGAAGACUUACUACCCAUGAACUAUUACCUAUGAUGAUGUAGAAAGAACUUUGACCUAUUCUUAUGUAGUCAUAAAUCAUUCUUCGGCUAGUGUUAGAAUGGAUGAACUCUUCCUCUGGGGAAGAAGAAACGUAUAUUUCUUCUUAUGUAGGAUCGUGUUUAUUUAAGUAUGCAGAACUACAGGUUUUGUGAUAUACUAAGCACAUAUACUUCUUCUAAGGUGGGAGGGAGUAAUGCUUUUUCAGGCUAAGAAAAAACUUUUAUUAAUUCAACCCCGUAUUGAAUUUCUUAAAGUUUUCUUGCAUGAUCUAACAAGUAUUAGAAUGGCGUUGCAACUACCAUAUAAUUUAAUAUUUUUUUUUGCAUAAAUUUUUAUUUUAGAACGAUUUGAAAUAAUUGCCAUAAAUUUAAUGAUGGGUCGAAUUUUAAUAAUAGCUUUCAAUGUAAUCGUUAAUUGCAUCAACACAAAACAUAAUCACAUUAUUAGUCUUUACUAAAGAGAACGUAAGAUUAUUCAGAUUGAAAAGACAAUUGUUGGCACAUGUUUGCCAACUUAGGUCAGACCCUGUUCUCCGACGAUUGACAUACCCGGACAAGGUGUCAUUAGUCUGCGGACCAUGUCGUGCUGGCCAGUGGACCAGCAAAAGUUUAUUCUUCUGGAGCCCCUGAAGACUAAGCUUACUGAUGUCCUAGAGGGAAUGUUGCACGAAUCUACUGUACAAGAAAUGUGGGUUCGUUAAUAUAAUGUGUCAUUGGCUCCUGCAUGUUGUAGGUUUGGUAUAGGGAAUGUUGUAUUGGACUAGAUUGUAAGGACUGGGGGUAGAACUGUGAAAUGUUUACUGGGUUUGUAUUUUCAUUGAAAGAUGUUUGUAACUUGAAAGUAGUGUGCUGGUAUGUUUGUAACUUGAAAGUGGUGUGCUGGGAUGUUUGUAACUCGAAAUUCUAAGUGUGCUGGGAUGUUUGUAGCUUGAAAGUCUCAGUGUGCUGAGAUGUUUGUAAUUUAAAAGUUUUAGUGUGCUGGGAUGUUUGUAGCUUGAAAGUCUUAGUGUGCUGGGAUGUUUGUAACUUGAAUGUCUUAGUGUGCUGGGAUGUUUGUAACUUGAAAGUCUUAGUGGGCUGGGAUGUGUGUAACUUGAAAGUCUUAGUGUGCUGGGAUGUGUGUAACUUGAAAGUCUUAGUGUGCUGGGAUGUGUGUAACUUGAAAGUCUUAGUGUGCUGGGAUGUUUGUAACUUGAAAGUCUUAGUGUGCUGGGAUGUUUGUAACUUGAAAGUCUUAGUGUGCUUGGAUGUGUGUAACUUGAAAGUCUUAGUGUGCUGGGAUGUUUGUAACUUGAAUGUCUUAGUGUGCUGGGAUGUGUGUAACUUGAAAGUCUUCAUGUGCUGGGAUGUUUGUAACUUGAAAGUCUUAGUGUGCUGGGAUGUUUGUAACUUGAAAGUCUUAGUGUGCUGGGAUGUGUGUAACUUGAAAGUCUUAGUGUGCUGGGAUGUUUGUAACUUGAAAGUCUUAGUGUGCUGGGAUGUGUGUAACUUGAAAGUUUUAGUGUGCUGGGAUGUGUGUAACUUGAAAGUCUUAGUGUGCUGGGAUGUUUGUAACAAGUGCGAGGUUUCCCCAGAGACGUCGAUACUCUUUUAAAAAAAUAAGUUUAUUGGUGUUUUCUUACAUAACCAUCUACAAAUCCAAAGUAUUCUGACAUUACCAAAUAGGGAUAUAAUUAUUAUUUUCUUCUACAGUUGGAACCAGGAGUUGAGCGCGAUGACACAGGAGGAUGUCCGAAUGAAGGAAAUGAUCAGUUCGCUAACUGACCGCCUCGUAACGAUGAUAAUGGAAAUGGAUGUGGCCGAGAUUCUCAACCUACUGCAGUCUAAGGACCACCUUUUUUACUUGGUAAGAAGCCUUAUGGUUUCCGGCAUGUAUGUACGCUUAAGCUUACAAUCUUCACUAUAGGAUCACGUCGUUGCGUGACAUCUAAUGUUGUUGAAACAUGGCAGGCACUAUGCACCAAAAAAAAAAUAAUAAUAAUUACAAAAAUAAGAUGCUUUACUUGUUAAUUGCAAAUAUUUUAAAAAAAAAUUGUAAUCCAGUUUUUCUAUAAACAGGUUUCGCAGGGUCUGAAACAGAUUGAAAAAUUCGAUAAUGUGGGCGGGGCGAAUCUGUCCGUCAACAAGAAGAAAGAGGAAAUGGACACAGAGUGUCAUCUACCCGAUCAGAACAUCUUUGAAACUGGAUGCGCCAACGAUCAAUAAAUCAUCGUUUCUUCUUUUUUUCUGCUGUACCGAUUGUGUUCAAUGCCAACAGAUGUCUGUACCGAUUGUGUUCAGUGCCAACCGAUGUCUGUACCGAUUGUGUUCAAUGCCAACCGAUGUCUGUACCGAUUGUGUUCAGUGCCAACCGAUGUCUGUACCGAUUGUGUUCAAUGCCAACCGAUGUCUGUACCGAUUGUGUUCAGCGCCAACCGAUGUCUGUACCGAUUGUGUUCAAUGCCAACCGAUGUAGUCCAUUGACCUCUAACGAAUAGAGUUUAGGGCUGAGAGUUUAAAAAAAAAAUCAUUAUCGUUUACUUUAUUAAAUCUUCUUCUAACAUUUGAAUUUGUAAAGGAAUGUGACGUCUAAAUUUCAUAUAGAUUACAUCGAAUUCCUCUGUAAUGUGCACAUGUUUUCAAAGAAAUUAAGAUGAGUUAAAUUGACAUGGAUAUAUCAAGAUAGAGGGCGAAUUACAUUGAUCAGUCCAAAGAGAGGUAAUCUCCCAAAUCAGAACCGCAUUAUUGUUCAUGAAUAUAUGAGAAAGAUUUAAUACGAGUCACGACGUUACUUUGGCAUUUUAUAAAUCCUGGCCACUUCCCAGCCAUCCUAGUAGUUAUCGUCACUUACCAUUCAUACCGUAUAGGACUGUUGGGUAGUUAAAGGUUUUAUUCCCAUUCACUAACCAGUAAAGAAAAUGAAGUUUAUGAGUAUUAUUCAACUCUAAACGAAAAGAUUUAAAGAGGAAAAAAACAACAACAACACUUAAGGAUUCAUUUCGUUUCGUGGAGCCCUCUUACAAACGCAACUGUCUUCAAUCAUAGCAAUCGCAGAGAUUCCCUCUUCUAUUUAUCUAUUUAUACAGAGAAGUGAGAAUUGAGAACUAAAGAUAAAAAAAAAUUAAAAAAACAACAACUGCAUUUCAGUUACUUACUGCAUGCAUAUUAAUAUUG